GCAACGUAACUGCCACUCGUCUCGAAUGAUUUCACAUUGCGAGAUUGCGAUGAAUGAAAAUAUUAAUCUCGGUGAAUAGUCGCAUCAAAGUUUACACAUAAAAACUGUUUUCUAGACCUAAAGUGUUUGUGCAUGUGAGUUUUAAAGGUGGAUUCGUGGUAAUUGAGUGAUAUCCAGUUCUACCUUUACUAUCGUGAACUACUCAUGUUUACGUGCUGAUACUCGGCAAACAGCGAAUGCUUGGACCUCUCCAGUUUUCCAGGUCGCCCUUUAAUGGGAUCUUGUUAAACAGGUGUUGAAGGAAGCGCGGCAAAAUGCCGGAGGGAGUGGCCAAGGACGCGAAGGGGGCCAAGGAGGAGACGAAGGCCAAAACCAAAGAGUCCCCCAAGCGCCGCCCGUCCGGCAACCUGGCGCGGGUCAAGGUGGAGUUGCUGGACGGCUCCUUCAUGGAUUUGGAGGCUGAUAGAAAGAUCCGCGGCCACGAUCUUCUAAGCAAAGUGUGCGACAGUCUCAACCUUUUGGAGAAGGAUUACUUCGGCCUGCUGUACGAAGACCGGGGCGACCCGCGGGUGUGGAUCGAUCUCGAGAAACGCGUCUCAAAGCUGAUAAAACAUGAGCCGUGGGAGCUGCGGUUCGCGGUGAAGUUCUACCCGCCGGAGCCCGCGCAGCUGCUAGAGGAGUUGACGCGCUACCAGCUGGUACUGGCCAUCCGGAAGGACCUGCUGGACGGGCGGCUGCCGUGCUCGGCGGUGACGCACGCGCUGCUGGCCAGCUACCUGCUGCAGUCGGAGCUGGGCGACCACGAGCCGGCCGAGAGCGGCGCCGGCCUGUGCAAGCAGCUCAAGCUGGUGCCGCCCGCCGCCGCCACGCCCGAGCUGGAGGAGAAGGUGCUGGAGUUGCACCGCACGCACCGAGGACAGACGCCCGCAGAGGCGGAACUGAACUACCUGGAGAACGCCAAGAAGCUGGCCAUGUACGGCGUCGACCUGCACCCGGCCAAGGACUCGGAGAACGUGGACAUCACGCUCGGCGUGUGCUCCUCCGGCCUGCUGGUGCACCGAGAGAAACUCCGUAUAAACCGUUUCGCUUGGCCCAAGAUCCUCAAAAUCAGCUACAAGCGCCACAACUUCUAUGUGAAACUACGGCCCGGCGAGUUCGAGCAGUUCGAGUCUACUGUGGGCUUCAAGCUCGCCAACCACCGCGCCGCCAAGAAGCUGUGGAAGACUUGCGUCGAACACCACACCUUCUUCAGGCUGACUACCCCGGAGCCGGCGGCGCGCGGCACGCUGUUCCCGCGGCUGGGCUCGCGGUUCCGCUACAGCGGCCGCACGCACUACGAGUCGCGCGCCGCGCCGCCGCAACGCACGCAGCCGCACUUCGCGCGCGCCAUCUCCGCAAGGAGGCUGUCGUCGCGGAGCGCGGACGCGUUGGCGGCGAACGACAAGGAUGAGUCGGUGCCCGAGGCCACUAAGCGGCACACCAUGCCACCCCAGCCCGCCGCACGACCCACACUCAAGGACAAGAAGCCGCCGCCUGGUGCUGUGAAGGUGAUGCCGGCGUUGUUCAAGAAAGACGAGGACAAAAUGUUGCCUGAACAAAGGAAACCUGCUGAGAAUGGUACCGACACGACCAGCGAUCCUGGUAUAACAAACAAUGUAGAGACGCCCAAGAAGUCGAAGGGAGGCUUUACGUUAUUCGGCGGAAAGAAAGAGAAGUCGCCCAAAGAAGAAAAAUCGCCCAAGGAAAAAUCACCCAAGACAAAAGAUAAAGCAGAAAAAUCUCCGAAAUUCAAACCAGACAAAUCUCCGAAGGAUAAAGAUAGAAAAAUUAAAGAUCCUAAAGCCAAGAUCGCUGUGCUCGAUACUUCAAAUGAAAGUUCAAAUCCUGAUACUUCCCUCGACCUGAGCCCUGUCAAAGACGAGAAACCGAGCUUCACGAAGCCCUAUGAAUACACAGAUACUGAAAGGAGUCCCACGCGAAAACCUUUUAUCCAAGGCGCGUUUAGUUAUGAAAAAGAACCGAUUUCUGAUGAAAAACAAAGAGGCAUGGAUGACAGUCAAAGUCCGGGUACAAGAAAAGCGGGUCUAGCUUUUAACUAUGCUCCAGGAGAAGAUAAAAAAGUUGCUGAAAGUGCGGAAAAGAGGAAAACUCCUGAAGAUUUCAGUAAACUGAAGACACCAGGUAUUGAUUACGUACAAUCUGCCGCUUUGAAAGAACAAGCUAAGACCCCCAAGUCUAAUCUUAUCGACCCGACUCUUGCUUUAUUGGAUGCUGAAAGAGCUCAUCACGAAACACCAAUUGCUGUAGUCCCGGUCGUGGCUAAAUCCGAUAAGGAAGUUCAAGUGGUCAUAAUAACCGGGCGGUAUAACCCCAAGACGAAAAAACUCGAUGAUGCCAAUGGAACUAUUCUGGUUACAAAGGGAAUGCUUAAUAAAGCUAACGGAAAGAUAGAAACUGAAAAAGAAAUAAUUAAUACUAAAUCGGGUCACAUAAACUUCACUGAUCAAGUGACGGGCAAACAAGACGUUAAGAACGGCCAUGUUGAUUCAAAAACCGGACACAUUCUUUUUACAUCUGGUGUUAUUGAUCCCAAGACUGGUAAAAUAGAUCCAACUUUAGCCCAACAAUACUGCUUCGUAGAGAAAGCCGAAGAUAAAGUUGGUUCCAAGCCUGGUCGAGAAGUUGAUUUAGUAGUUAUUACUGGAAAAUAUGACGGAAAGCAUAAGAAAUUGGAUGCUUCCCACGGCCAUGUUGAAGUUUCUAAAGCUAUUGUAGCUCCCGAUGGCACGGUGUUUUCAAACUAUGGUUUAAUGGAUCCUAAGAAAGGUAAAAUUGAUUACAUUGACCCGAAAACAGGCAAACAGGAUCCAAAACAGGCUUACGUUGACCAAAAGACUGGCAACCUUCUCGUUACCACAGGAGUACUUGAUCCUAAAUCUGGCAAAGUUGACUCUUCGUUGGGUCAGCAAUACAGUAUUGUCGAAAAAGAUGCCACAAAGGCGAAUAGAGAAGUAAGAUUGGUUGUGGUUACAAGCAAAUACGACUUGAAAAAUAAAAAGCUGGAUCCUUCCUUUGCUCAUGUUGAUUCCAUAAAGGGAGUGCUUAGUGGUGCUGAUGGUAAAAUAUACACAGAGUACGGUGUAAUUGAUCCCCGAACAGGUGAUAUACAGGUCACUGACCCUAAGACGGGUAAACAAGAAGUCAAACAAGCUCAAGUUGACCCGAAGACUGGAAACAUCCUUCUUUUGUCAGGUGUCAUUGAUCCGCGUACUGACAAACUUGAUACUACACUAGGACAGCAAUACAGUAUAGUUGAUAAACCUACAUCUACAUUUGCCGCGUUACCAGGAAAAGAAGUUCAAGUCGUAGCUAUCACUGGAAAAUAUGAUUCAAAGACAAAGAAAUUGGAUAACCCUAACGGUUUCGUUGAAACCUCCCAAGGUAUUAUUGGCGAUAAGGAUGGAAAAGUUCAUUCCAAUUUCGGAAUAUUAGAUCCCAAUACUGGAAAAAUAUAUUACACAGAUCCCAAGACAGGUAAGCGAGAAUCUAAACAGGCAACACAUGAUUCAAAAUCUGGUACUUUCCUUCUCACGUCUGGAGUCAUUGAUCCAAAGACAGGAAAAACUGAUUCCUCACUUGGGCAACAAUUCGCUAUUGUUGAUAAAGAUGCGCCGAAGGGAAUUCCCGAGAGAUUUGUGAACCUAGUCAUUGUUACUUCUAAAUAUGACCCUAAAAACAAAAAGCUUGAUCUCUCGAACACACAUAUUAAUUCAAUACAGGGAAAACUUGACGACGAUGAUAAGGUGCAUACAGAACUGGGCGUUAUUGAUCCAGCUACAGGCCAAAUAACAAUAACAGAUCCAGUGACUGGCAAGCAGGAAGUUAAAAAAGCUACUGUAGAUUCUAAAACAGGCAAUUUGCUGCUUACUUCUGGUGUCGUUGAUCCCAAUACAAUGUUAGUCGACCCAACUUUAGGUCAACAGUAUACAGUUGUUAAUAAACCGAAGGACACAUUCGCUUCUGUCCCCGGAAAGGAAGUACAACUUGUAAUCAUUACUAGUAAAUAUGAUACGAAAUAUAAGAGAUUGGAUAAUCCUAAUGGUCAUGUUGAAACUUCGCGUGCCAUCGUCGGAGCCGAUGGCAGAAUACAUUCUAAUUUCGGUAUAAUUGAUCCUAAAACUGGAAAAAUUGAGCAGGUGGAUCCCAUAACUGGCAAUAUUGAAUUCAAAAACUCUGUUGCUGACCCUAAAACAGGUCACCUUAUCCUCACGUCAGGAAUCAUUGAUCCAAAAACAGGAAAAGUUGAUUCGUCGCUCGCUCAACAAGUCAGUAUUGUUGAUAAAGAUGGCAAACCAGUUGAAAGAGAAGUUCACCUUGUUAUCAUAACUACGAAAUAUGACCCCAAAACGAAGAAAAUCGAUCCCAGUCAAGGUCAAGUAGAUACUAUUAGUGGUACAGUCGGCCCAGAUGGUAAAAUCCAUACUGAAUUUGGUACAGUCGACACUGCGACCGGAGAAAUCAUAAUUACAGAUCCUAAAACGGGUAAAAAAGAGAUUAAAAAGUCUCAAAUUGAUCCUUCAACUGGGCAUUUGCUAGUUACAAGUCAAGUUGUCGAUCCAGUGACAGGAAAGGUAGAUCCUACUUUAGCACAACAGUACAGCAUCGUUAAUAAACCUGUCGUCCAACAUUCAAAACCACCAUCAAAGGGUGAAGUGCGAAUUGUGAUUAUAACUAGCAAAUACGACCCUAAAACUAAAUCUGUGGACGCUGGCGCCGGAACUAUCGACGCAUCUAAAGGCUACGUCAGUGUUGAAGAUGGAAAAAUACAUACAGACUUCGGAAUUAUUGAUCGUAAAUCAGGUCAAAUUUUGUACAAAGAUCCAAUUACUGGAAAACAGGAAUUAAAACAAGCCGAUAUUGAUCCAAAGACGGGCAAUAUUAUUGUAACUUCGUCUGUCACAGAUCCUAAGACGGGAAAAGUGGACUCCUCAUUCGCGCAACAGUUAUUGAUUGUUGAUAAACAGAAUGUGCUGUCCAAACCGCCCGUUUCUCAGAGAAUAAGUAGUUCACCCGCUAGAAACAUUCCUAGUCCUGUAAAAACACCCACACCUACGCCAGUACAAACAUCUUUGCAUUCGCCAGUUCAUACAUCUUCACCAAUCAGUAGCCAGUUACAAAAAGCAUCUCCCAUUACAUCAGUUAGACCCGUGGCACCACCUAAACCACUGACAGCUCCUCCAGAACCGCCAAGGAAGAAAAUCGUUAAAAUUAUGGUAAUCUUCACGAGAUUAGAUCCGAAGACCAAAAAACCAGAUUUCCAUACUGCUGAAGUAGAACACUUAACCGGAGUCCUCGACCCGAACGGUCUUGUUGAAACCAAAUAUGGUGUUAUUGAUUCUAACAGAGGAAGUAUCGCCAUCACGGAUUCUGCUGGUCAGAGACUUACGAAAGAUGGCUUGGUGCUGAAUGAAACAGGGCAGAUCUUUAUUAAUUCGGGCGCUCUCGACCCCAAGACAGGUAAAAUCGAUCCGAAUAUGGGCAUGAUCGUGAGCAUUGCCAAGCAAGAUGAUCCAAUAGUGGAAAUUACUACAAUAACUGGUCCUACAGAUCCUAUAACUGGCAAAGUCAAUAUUGAAGACGGUAUUGUUGAACAUACAAAAGGUAAAGUGGAUGCGGAAACUGGCAAUAUUUCAACAAAAUAUGGCGUGAUCGAUCCUACAAAUGGCGUCAUAUUCGUAACAGAUACUUAUGGUGCGCAAGACACCAAACCUAUCCAAAUAGAUGAAAAUAAUGGUCAAAUAACUGUUAUUGGUGCAGUCGAUUCUAAAACUGGAAAGUUUGAUCCUAAACUUGGACAAGUUCUUGUUGUCGGAAGUCAUAUUGAUCCUGUAGUCGAAGUAACCACAUUUGUUGGCAAAUUUGACACUAAGAAAGGAAUAAUUGAACCGAAAAACUCACUUAUCGAGAGCAGCACAGGCCAGCUGAACCCUCAUAACAACAAAAUUGAUACCAAAUAUGGCCAAAUAGAUCUCGUGAAAGGGACGGUUACAUAUAACGACCCCAAGACAGGAAGAUUUGAAAGUAAAGAACUUAAAGUCGAUCCCAUGACCGGACAGUUCCUGUUACGAAGUGGACAGGUCAAUCCAAAAUCAGGUAAACCUGAUAAAGAUGUCGGCAGACUGAUGUGCCUGAGGAUAAUUCAAACCAAAGUUGAUCCUGUUUCUGGAAAACAAAUUGUUGUGAAUGAUCCGAAGAACGUAAAAGUUGAUCCGAAGACCAGUCAGAUUUGGAUAGCUGGACCAAAAGAUCCAAAAACUGGAGAAACUCUUUAUACAGCUGGUCAAAUUGAUCCAGUUACAGGAUACAUAAUAACCGUUUAUGGCCGAUAUGACCCGAAAUCUGGGACUAUUACUAGAGCAACUGACAUCGAUAAAGCUCUUAUUAAAGUCGAUCCGGUGAACGGACAGAUCUACACAGCCACCGGCGAAGUUGAUGACGAGAAUCAACCGCUGUAUUCCGCUUCCCAAAUCGAUCCCGGCAGCGGGGAAAUAUACACUAAACUUGGCAGAAUAGACCCGCGAACUGGCAGACUUAUUAUUAUCAGGAUUUACAUUAUAACUCAGAAGGACGAGAAAGGUCGCGUUAAGGAACUCGAUCCGAAAGAAUGUACGAUUGACGAAACCACCGGAAGGAUUAUAACGACUAAAACUGUAUAUGUGUAUCAAAUUAUUGACCCCGUCACCGGCGAAACCAUCGACGUGGAUCCAGACGACCCUAGACUCAAAGGCGCGCGCACGACUGUCACUCAAACCAUGACACUGUCGGGAAAAAUAGACCCUAUAACAGGAAGAAUAAAGACUGAAUACGGCGAUAUCGAUCCCGAUACAGGUGAUAUCGACCCGAGCACAGCCGUCAGAGACCCAGUCACCGGCCAGUUAAUUCUACACUACUCGCAAAUCGACCCAUCCCACUUUGAAGACAAGAGCGGGAACUACACAAUAGAGAAGGAGACUCACGAUCUGCCCGCCAACAUCGACAUCCAGACGGUGAACACGCACAAGUUCUCAACGUUCGGCAAGGAUGAGAGCCCGGCGCGCGGCGACGAGCCGAAGACGUUCACGGAGUACACCACGUCCGAGCACAUCAGGCACCAAGGAUACGUAGUGUCGCCUUCAACCCCCCAAUCCAAGAUCCCGAUUUCACAGCGUUCUAAGAAAACUCCGACCCCGCCGGUGGUGGUCAAAACGACCACAAAACAACUGCUCACGAAAAACGAUGAAGGUGUCACCCACAACGUGGAGCAGGAAGUGGAGAACCUGGGUACGGGGGAGGUGACGUUUUCCACACACACCAACAAGGCGGAAAGCUUAGAGCCGCUGGAAGGCAAGAGCCCUUACGUGACCGCGCGGGCGGUGACCACUAGGACGGCGACCACUCACCACGACCUCGACACGAAGGCUAAGACCCAGCAGAUGGAGGAGAAGACGGUCGCGCACACGCUGACGUCAUCGGCGACGCGCCAGGAGCAACGCGUUCUAACCCAGGAGGUUAAAACGACCGUUACCACCGGCGACAAGCUAACUAGACAUGGUUCCGAGAGCUCGCUAAGCAGCGGGGAUUCCGGAACACCUAUCGACUUCGAGGACGGCGGGGAAGGACAUUACUACGUCACUGAGCCGGGCUCGGUCCGCACCACCACUACCACAACGGCGAUGGGCAACGCGCCCUUCGGCACCAUGAUCCACGGCGCCGCCGCCAGGGUGAGCACGGGCCCGCAGGUCACGGAGGAAGAGGAGGAGGGCGUGGUGGGCGCGGACGGGGAGGUGGUCUCGUCGCAAACCAUCAGCUCCAAGACGCGCACCGUGGAGACUAUCACUUACAAGACGGAGCGCAACGGCGUGGUGGAGACGCGCGUAGAGCAGAAGAUCACCAUCCAGUCCGACGGCGACCCCAUUGACCACGACCGCGCGCUCGCUGAGGCCAUCCAGGAGGCAACCGCGAUGAACCCCGACAUGACGGUGGAGAAGAUCGAGAUCCAGCAGCAGAGCACGCAGCCGUAACGCGCGGCCGCACUGCGCGCCGCUGCCGCUGCCGCUACUGCAGCUGCCGC